UCGAGAGUGGGCGCCUGGCGAUGCCAUGCCCCCGCGUCGCCUCCCCUACGCGUCUGCCAUGUGGACCCGCCUCGGUCUUCCCCUCCGGCCUCCGCGCAACCAUAGCAAUGGCCAUGGUCUUCCCCUCCACGCAACCAGCAACCGCCAUGCCCCUCGGUCUUCCCCUCCGUCCUCUGCGCAACCGCCAUGGUCUUCCCCUCCGCGCAACCACAGCAACCGCCAUGCCCCUACCUCGCACCAUCCGCCAUGCCUUCGCCUCGCAGGAUCCGCCAUGCCAGCGUCUCGGCUUCUCCUCCGUUCAGCCGCCCGACCCGCCGCCUUCCCCUCCGCAAAACAGCCAUGUCCCCGCCUCGGCUAACCCUAUGCGCAGAUCCACAGCCGCCCGACCCGCCAGGACCUGCCUCUCCUUCCCCUCCGCGCUCAAACAACCAAGCCGAGCCGAGGAAAUGCGCCCACAAAUUUGGACACUCCGCGCAGCCACACGAACUGCCAUGCAACCACCUCGCACGAUCCGUCAUGCCCCCGCCUCGCACGAUCCGCCGUGCCAGCGCCUCGGCUUCCCCUUCGUGCAACCGCCCGACCCGCCAGGACCCUGUCUCUCCUUCCCCUCCGCGCUCGGCUUGGCCCACAAAUUUGGAAAUGCACCCACAAAUUUGGAAGCCACGGCAAUGGCGCCCGAUUUGGCUAUGGCGUCGCUGAUUUGGAAAUCGCACAAUCUACGUCGCCGAUUUGGAAAGCACGAUCUCGGUACCGCAAUCACAACAACUAUCCCCCAAAUGUCGCGCCCACCCACGUCCAGCUGACUUAGGAGGGUCCAAGCAGGAGCCUACUCCUCAUUUGCCCCUGUUCAGAGGUGAUCAAAUAGGAUCAAACUCGCUUGGACCAAUAGACGAUGCUAAUGAACGUAAGAGGCAAAGGGAUAGAGAAAGAUAUGCCACGAUGUCCAUUGAACAAAAGAAUGAGAAAAAUAGGAAGCGCCGUGAAGCACGUCAACGAAACAAAGGACUACCCCUAAAGUCUGAGUCAUCUAGAGGUCCUAUUAAAAACACUCCAUUGGCUGGUAAUUCUAUCGAACGAAAGAGGCAAAGGGAUAGAGAAAGGCGUGCAACAAUGUCGGUUGAACAAAGGAAUGAGUACAAUAACAAGCGUCGUCAAAUGCGUCAACGAAAUAAGGGACAAAAUGUGAUGCCCGAUGUUUCAGGAGAUGGCGACAAAAAAGAAAAUGUGGAUCCAGAUGAUGAUAGCGACUGGCUGCAUCGGAACGAGACAUUCCAGUCAAACGACUAUGUCGCAACGACAGACCUUCUGCCACCAGGCAGUGUGCAUGAAUCUGUUGGUGUCAUUGGGGAACCGAGUAUCGGCGUUAGGGAGUAUAGGCUUGAACGCCUUAGGUUGUAUAAUCAGACACCAAAGCAAAAAGAGGCAAAGAUAGAGUACAUGAGAAAACGUAGAGUGCUACAGGCUGACACUCUGAAUGUUGCGUCCAUCGCCAUGGAGGACCCAACAUAUACCCCUGAGGUUGUGCACCCUGCAACGGAACCUUCAACAGUUACCACCUGCGACUGGGUUAUCCCUGAAUUCAUUAGGACACCUUUCCUACCAGCUCAAACACAGACCGAGGAUGUCGGUUCAUUCGAUAUGUCUACUGAAGCAAUAAGACAUAAACAUCAUGUGCCGCGUGGGGAAAGACAAGCUAUCUUAGCCCGUCGAAACAAACAAUUUCAAGCAUCCAUUGCAAGGAACGUGACUACUUUGAAUGGGGAUACUAUCGGUGACGCCAACAACAAUGCACAAUGUAGCGUUCCAUGCCAAGCCGCUACCUUGCCAACAAAUGGAAGUGAAGGCAUAACCGAACAAGGAAAUGAGGUGGAGCAUACACAAGAGAAGCCAACGGUCAUUUCCAAUGAUGAUGAUGAUGAUGAUGAGGCUGUCAUAUUCGAAGAAGAUGAUGACAACGACGAGGGAUACAUAUUCGCUGGCCAAUGUACUUAUGUCAAUUUUUAUUAUGAUUAUGAUACCAAGGCUUAUAUAAAUACACAUGUCUUAGUCGUUGUUUUCCAAAAAAUAUCAGACGAGGAGACUGACGAGGACAUCGAAAUCGAUGGUACUCAGGAUGAAUCUACUGGCACUGAUGUGCCUGACCCGUACGACAAGGUAUACAGUAACCUCCCUGAAGAAACACAUAUGCUGAAGCCUGUUCCUGACUGCGGUUAUUGCACUGCGAAGAAGUUUGAGUACGAGCCACCUGGGUUUUGCUGUCGUGGUGGGAAGGUUGAGCUAGCACCACUCGAUACCCCUCCCCAGCUCAGGAGGUUGUGGGAUAGUGCAGACUCUGAUGCUAAGCACUUUCGUGAUAACAUUAGGUUUUUUAAUGGCCAUUUCUCUUUCACUUCCCUAUACUGUUGCCUCGAUAGUAUGACAACUAAUGUGCGAGAUUCUGGUAUAUACACGUUCCGGGCACAAGGCAUGAUGUACCACAAUAUCAAGUCAUUCGGUAAGGAAGGUGGGUCGGAGCAUAAACAUCUAGAGCUUUACUUUUACGAUGACGAUCCCAGUCUCGAGCAUCGGUACCGUAAGUGUCGUGAAGAACAGCUUCAGAAAGACAAAGAUGUUAUUAAACAGAUAGUUGGCAUACUCCAUGGAAACCCGUACUCCGAGCACCUUAGGAGCAUGGGCCAUGUUGAGAACCUUGAUGACUAUCAUAUCGCAUUGAACCUUGACCAGACUUUGAACCAGAAGACAUAUAACACGCCUCUCACUUCGGAGGUGGCCGCUGUAUGGAUCGAGGGGAGCGAACGGCGAGGCCAGUUCAGCAAGAGUGUUAUGUUACAUGGGAAGGAUAGGUCAAGCCACGGCAUCCGCUCAUACCAUGGAUGCUACGAUGCACUAUCGUAUCCACUGUUCUUCCCUAAAGGUGAACUUGGAUGGCAUGCAAAUAUCCCAAAGGUUGGUGUAUCCAUGGAUGAAGUGGAUGCAUACCGUGCGACACAUAGGGCAAAUAAUUCAAACGAUGAAGAUGCAGGUUAGUUGUUUCUUUGUACUUUGCGAUUUUUGCACAUUAUUAACUAUUCUUUCAACAUCACUCACUUUUCAAUCCUUGCGUAUGCAGAAUCUCCUACC